UGCCAGCACACUUGUUGGUCUCCACCCUCAGCCUACUUUAGUUCCCACGCAAGGACAGAGCAUCCAGACUGAGUGGGAGAUAGGCAGAAGCCUGGAGAGGAAAAUUAUCUGCAAAGUCCAGAGCAGAACCGCUGGGCUCCAUUUACCUCCUCAAGAGCCUAUGACCUGAAGGUUGAGUUCAAGGACAUCCAAGCAAGUCCACUGCAGUUUUCCCUUUGCUCUGCCUUCUGACCUCUGCUCUCUCCUCAUUACUCCCAAAAAAAUGGAACAUUCCACACGAGAAAUUUGCCUCAACUUCAUGAUUGUCCUGAUUACCGUGAUCCUCAUGUGGCUCCUUGUGAAGUCUUAUCAGGAUUGAAAGACUCUCAGGAACUCUGGAGGUGAUUUCAGUGUGUGCCUCCCCAGACAUCAGUAACACCCACAGCAUGCCACAGCAAUUAGCUUUCAGUCAAUUGAGGAUGUCGUGAACACUUAUUUUUUACUCUCUCCUAUCUGUUGCCUGAGCUAUGGGUCUGUGAUGGUGUAAUUCUUUCAGUCUGCAGUGACCCAGCUGCAAAAUGUAAGAUGUUUAGGAACAGUUUGAUGUGGCUGUCUCCUCUGGUAGUUUCUGUGAGUGCUGUACUCCCAGCCCACCCUGCUGCCUUGUUUGGCAUCAGUGUUGGGUUCUGGAGGGUGUAAAACUGCAGUGUGUAAUGUAAGAGCCUGCAUUAUCUAAUGCAAAAGGCAUAAACUUGCUUAGCAAAAAGGAAUGUGAAUCCUCUGCUUUCACUUGUAUAUUUUGUUUAAAUAAAGACCACACAAAACCA